ACAGUCUUUAACUCGCACCAAUCAGAAUCGAGUUUCCGGAUGACAACACGGAAGUGUUUUCCUGCUGCACUUGAGGUUCAUUUUAAUCAUUAAAAACACGUCAUUAAAAGGUUUCAUCAGCGUGUUUAUGGAGGAAAACUCUUCUUUAUCACUUGUUGUUGGUGUUGGGAUCGCAGUGGUGUCCAGUUUUAUUAAUGGCUCCACGUUUGUGCUGCAGAAAAAAGGCAUCCUGCGUUCUCACAAAGCAGGUAGGACUUACCUGUCUGACUGUGUGUGGUGGACUGGAACACUGGCAAUGAUAGUGGGUCAGGUUGGGAAUUUCCUGGCACACAACACAGCACCGGCGGUGUUGGUGACUCCCCUGGGAGCGCUUGGGGUUCUGUUUGGAGCUGUUCUGGCUUCAUGGAUCCUGCAGGAACAGCUGGGGCUGCUGGGUAAACUGGGCUGUGUGUUGUGCUGCUGUGGCUCUGUGGUGCUCACCAUUCACUCCCCAAUGUCUCACAGUGUGCUGUCCAGAGCUGAGUUUCAACAGAGACUCCUCAACCCGGUGUUUGUGACCUACGUUACACUGGUGCUGCUGCUGUUGGUGUUGCUGAUUGGCUGGCUUUCUCCAGCAUACGGAACGUCCAACAUCAUGGUGUAUGUGGGAAUCUGUUCCCUGUUGGGAACCUUCACUGUGCCGAGCUGUAAAGGUCUCGGCCUGGCUGCGAAGGAUGUGUUCGGCGGAGACACGUCUCCAGAUAAUGGCGCUCUGUUCCUGUUCCUGAGUUUGCUGGGAAUUCUCCUGGUCAGCAUCAUCACCCAGUUCACAUUCAUCAACAGAGCCUUGGAGAGCUUCAGCGCCAAUGUCUUCGAGGCUGUGUAUUACGUCACCUUCACAUCCUCGGUCAUCCUUGCCACUGCUAUCUUGUUUAAAGAGUGGGAAGCGCUCGGUGCUCUGGACUGUCUUGGGAUUUUGUGUGGUUUCGCUACCGUAUCAGUGGGAGUGACGUUGUUACGUGUAUCUCAGGAAGCCGUGCUCACAUGGACUCCAGUCAAGACCAAAGACAAGUAGUUUAUAUUUAAUCAUCUCGCUGAACUCUGGAGCUCUUUGACUGGAUCAGUGCUCAUUACAGUGUUAUAACAUAGCGCUCCCUGCUGGGGAUGGUCUAUUACACAAGCACACUCUCACUUCCCUCUAAGGAAUUGUGUCUUGUGAUUAAUCAACCUGAUCCACUAUUUAGGGUGUGAUUUAAACUCAGUGAAUAAAUCAGCUGAAUAAAUACUUUAACCUAUCUAAAGGUUUAAAAUAAUCCUCAGGUUAACAUACAACUUUUAUCUCUAUGUCAAUCCCAGAGCCUUAAUGUCAGUCUCAUUAUCCUUAUGUUACUCCUCUUAUCCUUGUUUCAGCCUCAAUACCCUUCCAACAUUCACUGUAUAUAAGAUGAACAGGAGAAGAUUUAAAGCCAAUGUAAUCACUGCUUUCCCAUUUUAAAGUCUUUGGUGUAUGUGUUGUUUGGUGUACAUUUUUCCCCAGAGGGUGUGUAAACUUUUGCACUUAGCUCUACAUGCCUGACCAUGUAGCUGACAUCACAAAUCAGAUCACAAGAAGGUUUGAUUAAAUUAUAUGAGGUAUGAUGUCACUAAUGACUUGUAUUAAUGAAGGUGGUUUUAAACACUUGUUACAAUUGUAAACAAUUGUUAAUUGAUUGAAAUAAUAAUUGUCUUUUCUUAAAAAACAUAAUGGCAAAAAUCUAGGUUCUUCUAUCAAACCAAAUACGCUACAUUCCUCAUUGUGUGACUUUUUUAAUUCAAUAUGAAAACCUAAUACAUGAAAGUUACAUAAAAUAAAUGUAGUCAUCAUAGUUAAAGGAAUUAAUAAGAUUUUAUUGUUAAUAUUGUGAUGAAAACAGUCUGACAUCAAAGUGAUAAUGAUUUUAUACUUGAACAACCGAAUUUUAUAAUGCAAAUAAAUAAAUAAAUAAAUUAAAUAAAAGAAAAA